UCGUAUCGGAUUUUGCAUUUUUUUACUUGAAACCUACACGUUGACGGCGGAUUGAAACACACAGCGAAAUAGCAGAUGGAGAAUACAGAAACUAAAAGAGAACAACAGCAAGAAGAAGAAGGACCGCCGACAGGAUGGCAAGCUAUUCCUCCAACUCAACCGCAGCAUUCAUCCGAAAUGGCUCAAAUGGUUUGUGGUUCUUGUCGUCAAUUGCUUUCAUAUCCACGAGGAACCCAGCAAGUUAAAUGUUCAUGUUGCGAAACAGUCAAUUUUGUACUUAAAGCUCAUCAGGUUGGACUGGUUAAGUGUGGCAGUUGUGCAUUGUUGUUGAUGUACCCCUUUGGAGCUCCAUCAGUCAAAUGCUCCUCUUGCCUUUGUGUGAAGGAAAUCGGGGCACACAACAGACGCCCUCCGUGGUCUGUACAACAGGGGCAACCGACACCUCCAAAUGCUGUGCAUUUAACUGCCCCAAUGUCUUUCGAAUCUAUUGAUCAUUGACUCUCUUUGUUAUGUUGAUGUAUAUUUGAAUUAUCUGCGUACAGGAACUAAUGCUGAUAUCAUCAUAAUGAAGUUGUAAUCUU